AAGGCGCCCAGCCAAGAGGAGGCGGAGGGAGAAAAGGUUCGGCGCCAAUAAAAAGACGCGCGAGGGCUCCGAGGAGAACGCGCGCCGUUUGGGGCUCUCUCGCGGGUUUCUUGCUUGCCUUCAGCUCCGAAUCAUGACUAGCCCUUGCGUCUUCUUGGUGGGCUCGCUCCUGCUGCUCCUGGAGAGGACGUGUGCCCAGGAGACCCCACGGACAGGGAGUAAAGAUAUCUGUUUGCAGCCACCACUUAAAGGACCCUGUCGGGCCAUACAUUACAGGUGGCACUACGAUAGAUACUCGCAAACUUGCAAGGAGUUUACAUAUGGGGGCUGCCAAGGGAAUGACAACAAUUUCUUAAAUGUGACAGAGUGUUCUGAAACGUGCAAAGGGAUCAAAAAAGUGCCAAAAAUAUGCAGGCUGGAAGCUGACCCAGGAAUAUGCCGAGGUUACAUUGCAAAAUAUUUCUUCAACCUCAGAUCGAUGAGAUGUGAGAAAUUUUAUUAUGGAGGAUGUUAUGGAAACGAAAACCGAUUUGACAGUGCAGCCUCCUGCAUGGACUUCUGUUUGCCAAGAAGAACUGCCCCUUCAUUUUGUUAUAGUCCAAAAGAUGAAGGAUCAUGUUCAGCUUCAGUCCCUCGCUUUUAUUACAAUACUAAGACAAAAACAUGUGAGAAGUUCAGCUACACUGGCUGUGGUGGGAACAAUAACAACUUUACCACAGAAAAAUCCUGCCUCAAGAUCUGCAGGAGAAAAACAAGGAAGCAAAUUUUGUGAGACCAAAGAAAAUGGAUGUAUACAACAAAUCUCUUCAGCAAAUGAAUGCCAGAUAUUUCCUAAAUCUGAGAGUCUGAACUAUAUGAACUAUUUGAAUUCACUGGAAGCUAUAAUUUAUUACUUUUAUUGUAUACAGAAAAAUAUGAUCUUUUCUCAAAUGUAGGAAAUUACUAUUGUGUUAACAAAACUGACCCUUUAGAAUUGGGUUCUUUAUACACACCAAGGUGCUCUGCUGAGAGCAGGAAAUCUUGGCAACUAGCCAGUUAAAAGAGAUUUUCUCUGUCAAUUGCACUCUUUACAAUUAAAAAUUAUUUAUUAUUAUAGGACAUUACAUUGACAUUAUCUUUAUCUUCCUGAAUGCAUUUAUUGGCAGGGAGCAAAGCUUGUAGAAGGUCCCAGUUUUAAUUCAUUAUAUCUGCACUGAAGGCCCAGUACGUAACUAUAGCCCCUUCUUCCCUUUUUUGUAGCCCUUCCUCAGUUGCUGUUGAUUAUGCAUUGCACUGGUUGUAGCAUAUGGGUUUUAGUGGCCUGGCACGACUACUGUUCUGCUGGCGUGAGCCAGCCAUUGGAGUGAGCAAAAGGAGAAAAAGCAACUCAUUUCUAGCCUUGAAGGGCAACUGUGCUGUCAUAAGGCCUGAUGAGCUGACCUAGCUGCUAGUCAGGACUGGUGUGGUGAGAUGUCGAGAUAGCAGUCCCAUUGGUCCAGCCUGGUAUAAAGGUGUUUGGGACUAGAGACCUGGGAGGACAUCCACCUCCUCAGAUGCUGGGUGACAUGCUGCUGGUCUAACCUAAAAAUGGGAGAGAGAGAAAAGGAGAAGGAAAGAGAGAAAGGGGAGAAAAAGUCUGUGCAUGGAAUGAGUGGAGUGGCUGAAGAGAAAGGAUGGAGAGAGAAGUUAAGUGCAGAGGAGUUGUUUGUUCCUAGUCAGAAAGGGAAAAAAAAGAUCCACAGAGGAGGAAACCUGACACUGGGUAAACAUCAGUAUUCUGUUGCAUAUAUCUGUUGUAAAUCACCUACUGUGAAUAUCUUCACUGUAUAUAGUAAAAAGCAAAAAAUGG